CCCCUCCUCCCCUGCCGGCGCCUGGCCCUUCGCUCAGCUGCCGCCCGCUGCUGUCCGGGAAGGAGGUCUCGGUGGCGCCUCGGCCGGAGGGAAGCAGCAGCAGGACGAAGAGGGGUGCGCAGGCGCUCGCCACCGCCGUCAUGCAGCGCCGGGUGUUCGUGGUGGGCGUUGGUAUGACCAAGUUUGCAAAGCCUCAGGAGAAUGGCAUUGACUAUCCUGACAUGGCUAAGGAGGCAGGCCAGAAGGCUUUAGCCGAUGCAGGGAUUCCUUAUUCAGAGGUGAAGCAGGCAUGUGUGGGUUAUGUUUAUGGUGACUCGACUUGUGGACAGCGGGCCAUCUACCAUGGCUUGGGCUUGACUGGCAUUCCUAUCGUCAACGUUAACAACAACUGUGCUACUGGGUCAACUGCUUUGUUCAUGGCCAGACAGCUAGUGGAAGGAGGUUUGGCAGAUUGUGUCCUGGCACUUGGAUUUGAGAGGAUGGCAAAAGGAUCCCUUGCUUCAGGUUUUUCAGACAGAACUAAUCCAGUGGACAAACAUUUGGAAAUUAUGAUCAAUAAAUAUGGCUUAGCAAGUGCUCCAGUAGCCCCUCAGAUGUUUGCCAGUGCUGGGAAAGAAUAUAUGGAGAAAUACGGGACAAACCCAGAGUACUUUGCAAAAAUUGCAUGGAAGAACCACAGCCACUCAACUAACAACCCGUAUUCCCAAUUCCAGAAGGAGUACUCCUUGGAUGAGGUUCUGCAGUCCCGCAAGAUUUUUGAUUUCUUGACUGUCUUACAAUGCUGCCCCACAUCCAAUGGUGCUGCAGCUGCAAUUCUGGCUAAUGAGGAGUUUGUGACAAGGUAUAAACUGCAACCAAAAGCUGUAGAAAUUCUAGCCCAGGUGAUGUCUACUGAUUGUCCAAGCACAUUUGAAGGGAGCAGUUGUAUAAAAAUGGUUGGCUAUGACAUGACUAAAAGAGCUGCUGAAAAAUGUUUUGAAAAAGCAGGCCUGAAGCCUGCAGAUGUUGAUGUGAUUGAACUUCAUGACUGCUUCUCAGUGAAUGAGUUAAUUACCUACGAAGCCCUGGGACUCUGUCCAGAAGGAAGAGCCGGUGACCUUAUUGACAGAGGAGACAACACUUACGGAGGAAAGUGGGUCAUCAAUCCUAGUGGUGGCUUGAUUUCAAAGGGACAUCCACUUGGUGCCACGGGCCUGGCGCAGUGCGCUGAGCUCUGCUGGCAGCUGCGCGGCCUGGCCGGGCGGAGGCAGGUCCCCGGGGCAAAGGUCGCGCUGCAGCACAACCUGGGCAUCGGCGGGGCCGUGGUGGUGACCCUCUACGGCAUGGGCUUCCCCGGAGCGGCCAGCGCCCGCCGGAUUGCGGCUGUGCCUCUCAGCGCAGCUCUCGAUGGAUUCAAGUCCCAUUUGGUCUUCAAAGAGAUUGAAAAGAAGCUCCAAGAGGAAGGAGAGCAAUUUGUCAAGAAAAUUGGUGGAAUCUUUGCCUUCAAAAUAAAAGAUGGUCCUGGUGGGAAAGAAGCAACCUGGGUAGUAGAUGUGAAAAAUGGUAAAGGUUCUGUGGCAGUUAAUUCAGAUAAGAAGGCAGAUUGUACAAUCACAAUGGCUGACGCUGAUCUGUUGGCUCUGAUGACUGGCAAAAUGAAUCCUCAGACUGCAUUCUUUCAAGGCAAACUGAAGAUCUCUGGAAACAUGGGCAUGGCAAUGAAACUUCAAAACCUACAGCUUCAGCCAGGCAAAGCUAAACUUUGAGCUCUUUAUUGAGCUCAAACAGACAGCACUUGAUAUUCUUGAAAAAAAGAGGUAGAAUAAAACUAGACAUUAUCAGUAGUAUGGUUCAGGCUGGGUUUGAUUGGACCUCUCUCACCUAAAUUAUGUGGUUAGAGACCAUAAUUCUCUUAAACUCAGUUCCUCUGUGGCAAGAGUAUUUAGGCUAAGCUCAUGGCAUUAACUUAAAAAUGGGACAUUCUGGGUGUUUAUGGAAAUUUCCAAUUUAAUCAAUAUGGACAAUUUCAAUAUGAGGCUGUUCAGGUUAGUGGGAAGAGAGUAAGAAGUUUAUAAAUAGUUUGGCACCACUUAAAAGUUCCUUUUUAAAAAGCUGUAACAGCAGGUCAUGCAAACGCUUUCAGACUUGCAUUCUAAUAAAUAAUGCUGCUGCUUACACUAAAAUCUUACAAAGGGGAUCUCUAACAACAGGUUUGCUGGAAUGGCCUUUAGGAAUUUGCUAUAAAAUACUUUUCUUAUUACCACUUUGGAAUUAAAAUAUCCAGAAGUAGGAACUAGAAAGUUGCUUUGAGCGUCAGAAGAUUUGAUGAUAAUUCACCUUGAAAAGAGAUUAGGUUUGCCAGAAGAACAGAGAGGGAGGGGGACCCAACUUUGUACCUGCUUUCUUCUGAGAAAAUCUGGUGGUGAUCUUAUGGAAUUCUUAUCAAUAAUGUAAAAAAGCUUUAACUUCUGUUUGGGGCAAAUGUAUUCCGGUUGGAAGUUUAAUAGAAAAUUAAAUAUACUUUUCUCAUUCUGC